UGAAAAUGUAAGCGAAUUCAAAUAAAAUUCUGCCGGCCUUGGCUGUGGACAUACAGUCUUGGCUGACCGUGCACCAUUAAUUUUUUAGCUGUGUGUUUGUGCGUGUGUGCCUGGAGGACCUUACCAAAGACGUAUGCUUGUGUUCACAAAUUAGCUUUUGGCUGACUUGUUUUAUAAAUAAAAAAAAAAGAAGAAGAAGAAAAGAAAGAAAAAACACUUUCAAAAUAAAAUGCAAAUGUGUCGUGCAGUGCAGCUCCUCCAGUUGCUGGUGACAAGGUGACAACCCUCGCAGUUUCGUGGCACCACCGUGGGUCUGACGCGAGGGGGCGCAGCUCUCCGCCAGGUGCGCCCUCGUCCCUCCUCCUCCUCCUCCUGCACCUUCCCCAUCCCAGCGCUGCUGGUGCUGGCUGCUCCAUCGCCUCCUCGCCGCCGCGCAGCCCACUCCUUCUCUCGCUGGGAGAAGCUGACUUGAUGCGCAUAAUAAAUCAUCUCCGCAAGAUUCCCCUCUCAAGCCCAGUUUCAGACCUGGAUUUGAAAGCGUAAACAACAGGCGAGAGUCGAGCCUCGCAACUCGCGGAUUGUUGCAAAUGUGAUUCAGCGCAGCAAACAACGUGGGUGUUGUGUCUUGUCGGUGUGUGUGCGUUUCUUUUUUUUUUCCUUUUUUUUUUUUUUUUUGGCUGGGGAGUGGAGGAGACGGAGGAGCGCAGCGAUAUGAAACGCGUGUGUUUGUGCCUGCUGCGUUACCCGUUAUCUGUGACUGACCACCGGCUCAAUUUCACCUGUAUGAACGACCUUGCAAUUGUGACCGAAAUUUUCCUAACGAGGUUUCCAUGGAGGAUCAAUCUGCCGAUUUUUGGCUAAGGGCUGAAUUUGUUUCCUUCUGGUCUCAACGCGUUUCAGGCUAAGAGAGUGGAGCAACGUGAAGAGCCCCCUCCCAGCUGCAGCCAAUUCCUCCACACGUCUUGAUUUUGAUUUUUGGAGAAACGUGCGUCCAGAAAUACGCACUUCUUCUUGCUGUUUUCUUUUGGGAGAACACAAGUGCCAUUUCAAAGCUUAUUGGAUGAAAGUCUCAUUUACACUCGGCUGCCAAAGAUGACGUUGCCAUGGAAACAGCUUCUACUGUUAUCAAUCAUUGACCGUCUGACAGAUUGCCUCGACAGCGGAUCGUUCCACGGCCCAAGAUGGAGGAUGGAGCCGGGCGACUUGUUCAUUCCCGUCGACUCCAUAGAGGAGGAGGCUACUCUGACCUGCGACGCUAAGGGAACGCCUCCUCCGCAGUACAGAUGGUCGCUGAAUGGGACUCUCAUAAAUCUGGGCCUGGAUCGUCGGCGGCGUCUGUCCGGGGGCAACCUCAUUAUAAGCAGUCUGGACCGCUACCAGGAUGCAGGGAUGUACCAGUGUAUGGCCUACAACACUGUAGGAGCUAUCCUCAGCAGGAGAGCCAGCCUGCAGUUUGCAUACUUGGAUCAUUUCAAAGUUCACAUCAGAAGCUCAGUGUCAGUCCGAGAGGGACAAGGAGUGGUGUUGCUUUGUGGAACGCCCACUUCCUCUGGAGACCUCACUUACGCGUGGGUCUUCAACGAGUACCCGUACUUCGUACAGCAAGACAAUCGGCGCUUCGUCUCCCAGCAGACAGGAAACCUUUACAUCGCCAAGGUGGAGCCCUCCGACGUGGGCAACUACACCUGCGUGGUGAUGAACAGCGUCACCAAAGGCAAGGUCCAGAGCUCUCCGACGCCUCUGAUCCUCAGGACAGACGGAGUGAUGGGUGAAUACGAGCCGAAAAUAGAAGUUCAUUUCCCAGACAAUGUGCCCGCCGCAAAAGGAUCAACAGUUACGCUGGAGUGUUUCGCCCUGGGGAACCCUGUCCCAGAAAUCACCUGGAGGAGGGCUAACGGCAUUCCCUUCCCCAGCAAAGUCAAAAUGAAGUACUCAAACGCUGUGAUGGAGAUCCCCAGCUUCCAGCAGGAUGAUACGGGAGGAUACGAGUGUGUGGCUGAGAACAAGAUGGGGAAGAACACAGCCACUGGUCGCCUGGCCUUUUAUGCCAAGCCUCAGUGGAUCCAGACCAUGAAGGACACGGCCCUGGCCAUCGAGGAGAGACUGCACUGGGAGUGUCGAGCCAACGGCAAGCCCAAACCCUCCUACAUGUGGCUGAAGAACGGCCAGCAGCUUCUCUCUGAGGACAGGAUCCGUGUGGACGACGGAGUCCUGUCAGUGUCAGUGCUGACAUUAUCUGAUGCUGGCAUGUACCAGUGUGUGGCCGAGAAUAAACACGGACUCAUAUAUUUUGCCGCUGAACUAAUGGUUUUAGCCUCUCCUCCAGACUUCACAGGGAACGUCCUUAGAGCUUUGCUCAAAGCCAAGGCAGGAACUAUAGUGACUUUAGAGUGCAAACCCCAGGCCUAUCCCAUCGCCAGCAUUUUAUGGAAGAAAGGAAACCUGCCUAUCCACACCAAUGACAGGAUCACGCUCUCUCCAGAUGGAACGCUGAGGCUUGCCAACGUGAGCAAGUCGGACGCGGGCAGCUAUACAUGCUUCGCUAGGAAUAGAUUUGGCAUGUCAAGUACAACUGGAAGGCUCCUUGUCACCGAUCCAACCAGAAUCAUCCAGGGCCCGGUGGACAUGGAGAUCAUUGUGGGCGAGAGCAUUGUGCUGCCUUGCCAGGUUUCCAGUGACCCCGUCCUCGAUGUGUCUUUCUCCUGGGCCUUCAACGGACAGCUCAUCGCCAAGGGAGACGGUCACUUUGAGCUAGUGGGAGGGAGAACAGCAGGGGAUCUGAUGAUCAGGAACAUUCAGCUUUACCACGCCGGCAAAUAUAUCUGUGUGGUGGACACGGAUGUGGAGAGCCUGUCGGCCGUGGCUGUAUUGAUUGUGAAAGGCCCCCCCAGCCCUCCAGACUCUGUGACGGUGGAGGAAGUGACAGACAGCACAGCCCAGCUGGCGUGGAGCCCCGGCAGAGACAACGGCAGCCCCAUCACCAAUUACCUCAUUCAGACCAGAACUCCCUUCACCGUGGGAUGGCAGAAGGUUAACACAGUCCCAGAGGUAAUCGAUGGUAACACGUUGACUGCCACAGUUGUGGACCUCAAUGCCUGGGUCGAGUACGAGUUUCGAGUAUUGGCCAAAAACAGCGUUGGGGUUGGGGAACCCAGCCCUGUGUCAGUCAAGACGAGGACAGAGGAUGCAGUUCCAGACGCAGCGCCAGGUGAUGUGGGCGGAGGAGGUGGAAGCAGAUCUGAACUGGUCAUCACGUGGGAGCCUGUCCCCGAAGAACUGCAGAAUGGUGAAAGCUUUGGCUACAUCAUCGCCUUCCGCGCCUUCGGGGAAGUCAGCUGGACGCACGUGGCCACCUCCGCCCCUGGGGCGUCGCGCUACGUGUACCGCAACGACAGCAUCGCGCCCUUCUCCCCGUUCCACGUUAAGGUUGGCACUUACAACAUCAAAGGACAGGGUCCCUUCAGCCCCGUGGUCACCAUCUACUCCGCAGAGAUAGAGCCAAGUGGGAUGCCAGCGGGAGUUUGGGCCAGAAGUGUCUCAGCCUCUGAGAUUGAGGUGAAUUGGCAGGCUGUCUCCCUCACCCCUGAAAGGGUUCUGGGCUAUGAGGUGGUUUACUGGGAGGAUGACACUAAGCCAGAGACCAUGGGGAAAGUCAGAGUGCCUUGGAACCAAACCUCGGCCACGGUGGCCGGCCUGGCAGGAAACACUCAGUAUUUCCUGACCGUCAGCGCCUUCAACACGGCUGGCACCAGCCCGUUCCUCCCCGCGAUCAAUGUCACGACGAAAAAGCCACCGCCAGCUCAACCUCCGCUGAAUGUCGAAUGGACCCUAAUUGGCUCUCAGCUGUCUCUUUACUGGGAACCUGUGGUGGCAGUGGAAUCGGAGUCAGAAGUUACAGGCUAUCAACUGUCAUACAGGAGACAGAGGCACAAAGAGGUAAACACGCUCACAACAGCCAAUUCAACAGCAGAGCUGACCCUCCCCGAGGACGAUGAUGACUAUAUCAUCCGCAUUCAGACACUGAGCGAAGGAGGACUGGGACCCGCCUCUGACCCCAUACGGAUCCAUCAGCUAAGUAUGAGUGCCCGUGGCUCCCGAGCCUGGAGUGUGGACAUGUCCCCCUUCACCCUGUCCCUUACCAUCGCAAUAUCUACAUUCAGGUCAACUUUGUGACACAAUGACAGACUCUCUUUGGUUUUUCAACGUUCAGUAUUGUUUUUUGUUUUUUUUGGUUUGUUUCGUUUUUUAUGGCCGCGCAUUACUUUGCUGUCUCAUUUUGCCAGUAUGAAGCACGGCCAGAGUGCAGCGUGCUGUCGGGCUCUUUUUUCCUUUUUCUUUAAUUUUUUUUAUAAAGCGAAGGUCUCUUUUGACAUUUUUCACCGGUUGGGAACGAUGCUCCAUUUCAACCAUUUUUUCUAGAAUGAUACAGAUGCCUUACUUCCAUCCAUGUGCCAAAGUAGUUUCAGCCUUCUUGUUGUUAUUGCUAAGAUAGCUACGGGCUUUCCUCAGCGUUUUAUUCCUCACAGUUUCUUAUUGUUAAGGCCUCGGCGUGCGUCGCAGAGUAGGCAGUUGCGGGAAAAAAAAAGUUUUCUUUUCCAAAAUCUUUCCUCCUCACAGCUAAAUCAGAGGGGAUGAACGCGUUCAUUCACCCGUGCCCGUGCCUUUGGAGAUUCCUGUAACGGCUUUACUUGGGAGACACCGAUCAGCGAUACUUAAUGUUUCAGAACAUACUGCGGCCGUUCUCAUCUUUACGUGCUCCAUUAAAAGUUGGUUUGGGUCCCAGAUGAAACUCAUAAAACACCUCAUGUUGUCAGAGUUGGCCGUUUACCUUUUAUCAUUUGAUUGUGGAGAAGAGCUGAAUGUGCCGUGAAGGCAUCGAACGGUUUUUAAAGCCUCGGACCAGUUAUUGUAAUGGCCCUCUGAUUGAUGGAUAGGACUUUGCUCGGCAUUUACAAAGAUUACAUUUGCUUGUAUUUCAGCGGUUUCAGUCGACUGCCAAUGUGUUUCCCUUUUACUUUUCAGAUAGUCACUUGAAAAUUAUCAGCAGCAAUCACUGAAGUCAUACAUCGAGGGGAAAAAGAGCCAAAAACUCCGCCACCACCUCCUGAGAAUUUGUUGCUUCUCCGUAUUUGAAGUUUAAGGUAAAAACCCAAUGAGGCGCACAUUUAAUCACAAUGUAGUUGCCUCCGAGGGUGUAAUCGUUGAAUCUAAAUAAUAAUAUCAGUCAUUCAUUUACACCAUUGGUCUUCAACAGGGGGUCCAUGACUCCUAAGGGGCGGG